AGAGUCCUCAGGCACCUUGUGGCGGCUAGGGGACGCCAGCUGGGAGCCGGAAAAGGCAAACCCCAGGGGGUGUUCUGCCUUCUGUUUUAAUAUCCUCCUGGCUAGCAGGGGUAGGGCGUGGUGGGGGGGUUUGGGGUUGCCUUCACUCCCACCCCUUCCCCCCUUCUAGCUGAGGAGGUAGUGGAAAGGUUAACUCACUGCAGGGUGGGAGUGGGUCAGCUCCACGUCUGUACCCCUGAGGUCACCCGGCAGACGGACAGGCAGGCCUCCUUCCCUGGAGGCACCGCCCGGCAGGCAGCAGGAAGGGGUUAAACACGCCCGCCCGCCCGUCAUCCUGUGUCCUGUUACUGCUGAGGCAGACCUGCCUGGCCAGCUGAACAACUUUCCUCCGGAGAGUGCUGGCCGGCAGGAGUCGGGGAGGCUGCCGCCAGGGGUUGAGCUGCAACCCGCUGGGGGUACCCUGCUGCCCUUCAGAGGGCCCAGUGCCUCUCGGUCGAGGGUGGGGCUCCCGAGACCAGGGUCUAUGGUGGAUGGCUCUGGAGCUGCUCCUGAGGCUGUGCCAACCCCCACCAGUCAGAGGGUCACUGCAGAGCCUGCUGGGGCUGGGGCGAGGGAGCCCACGCUGGAGCUCCAUGUGGAACCCAAGGACACAGCCGCCCUGCUGAAAGCAAGGUGGCCCAUCCUUCAAGACCGUGACCUCAAGACAGUGGCCCUCAGCCCUCUACCUCCGGCGGGGGCAGGGACUGCCCACCUCCAAGUCCCCAACCAUGACAACCUCUGCGCUCCGACGCCAGGUGAAGAACAUUGUUCACAACUACUCUGAGGCCGAGAUCAAGGUGCGUGAGGCCACCAGCAAUGACCCCUGGGGCCCGCCCAGUUCUCUCAUGUCAGAGAUUGCUGACUUGACCUUCAACACAGUGGCCUUUGCCGAGGUUAUGGGCAUGCUGUGGCGGCGACUCAAUGACAGCGGUAAGAACUGGCGGCAUGUAUACAAGGCUCUGACACUGUUGGACUACCUGCUCAAGACGGGCUCGGACCGUGUGGCCCACCAGUGUCGUGAGAACCUCUACACCAUCCAGACACUCAAGGACUUCCAGUACAUAGACCGUGAUGGCAAGGACCAAGGCGUCAAUGUUCGUGAAAAGGUCAAGCAGGUGAUGGCCCUGCUCAAGGAUGAGGAGCGCCUGCGGCAAGAGCGAACUCAUGCCCUCAAGACCAAAGAGCGAAUGGCCCUGGAAGGCAUGGGCAUCGGCAGCGGGCAGCUAGGCUUCAGCCGAAGAUCUCGGGGCUCCCCCUCUUCCUACACCUCUGCAUCCUCAUCCCCGCGCUAUGCCUCAGACCUGGAGCAGGCACGGCCCCAGACGUCUGGAGAAGAGGAGCUGCAGCUGCAGCUGGCCUUGGCCAUGAGCCGCGAAGAGGCUGAGAAGCCAGUCCCCCCAGCCUCCCACAGGGAUGAGGACCUUCAGCUGCAGCUGGCUCUAACCCUGAGCAGGCAGGAGCAUGAGAAGGGCGUGAGGUCCCGGAAGGAAGAUGACUCUCCAGUGGCCAAUGGCACAGAACCUGCUGGCCGGCGUCGACGGGACAGAGAGCCUAGGAGAGAAGAGAGAAAGGAGGAGGAGAAGCUGAAAACCAGUCAGGUAUCCUCCAUCCUGGACUUGGCUGACGUCUUCGCACCUGCCCCAGGUCUGCCUUCCACACACUGCUCUGCUGACCCAUGGGACAUCCCAGGUCUCAGGUCGAACACUGAGCCAAGUGGCUCUUCUUGGGGACCUUCAGCAGACCCCUGGUCUCCAGUUCCCUCUGGACAUGCCCUGUCCCGAAGCCAGCCAUGGGAUUUGCUUCCUACUCUUUCUUCCUCUGAGCCCUGGGGCAGGACCCCAGUGCUGCCUGCUGGACCCUCCACGGCAGACCCCUGGGCACCAGGCUCCCCGAACCACAAACUCCCCAGCGCUGGAACAGACCCUUGGGGGGCCUCUGUGGGGACCUCUGACACCUCUGCUCCAGGUGGUGCCUCGUCCUUCGACCCAUUUGCCAAACCUCUAGACUCCACAGAGCCCAAGGAUAGCCUGGACAGUGCCCCGGCCCUGGCCACGGGGAAGUCCAGCAGCCCUGUGGAGCUAGACCCAUUUGGAGACGCCAGCCCCAGUUGCAAGCAAAACGGCAUGAAGGACUCUGAAGCCCUUGACCUGAAUGUGCUAGGGGAGGCUCUGCAGCCAGGAAAGGAGGCGCGCCCUUGCCGGACUCCGGAGUCCUUUCUGGGUCCCUCCGCCUCUUCUUUGGUCAACCUGGACUCACUAGUCAAGGCACCCCUGGCUGCAAGAACCCGGAACCCCUUCCUGACAGGUCUGGGUGCUCCGUCCCCCACUAACCCGUUUGGCGCGAGCGAGCAGAGCAGGCCGACCCUGAACCAGAUGCGCACCGGCUCGCCCGCACUGGGCCUGCCGCCUGGGGGCCCCGUCGUGGUGCCCAUGGGCUCCAUGACCUACAGCGCCUCCCUGCCCCUCCCGCUCAGUAGCGUGCCGGUCGGCGCGACCCUCCCCGCCUCGGUCAGCGUCUUCCCGCAAGCCGGAGCCUUCGCCCCGCAGCCUGCGAGCCUGCCUCAGCCGCUGCUGCCCACGCCCGGCCCGAUGGGGCCGCUGCCCCCGCAGGCUGGCACCAAUCCCUUCCUCUGAGACGCUUCGGCGCCUGCGCGCGAGGCCCCGCCCUCCUCGAGGGCGGUCAUGCAGGUUGAGCGUUGAUCCAGGCUUCUGUGGACCCCUGACAAAUUCUGAACUAGCCAGAGAAUGACCACGUCUAGGGGACGAAGACUACACCCGCCUAAUAAAGACUGGAAUCUACGUCCUCAGCUCUUACCAAGUGGACUUUUUGAGGGAUGUGGCAGCUGGGUCUGCACCACAGCACUGCUUACCAACUAAGGCGGAAACUACUUGGCAGUGAAUUCCCUCAGAGAGCCCUCUCAACCCCGCAUUCCCAUCUCCUGUAGGCCUGGUGCCUUCCUUCCCUGCGCUCUCCCGCAUUCAGGCAUUCAUUCGCUAUCACACAUGGGCUGCUCCGACAGACAGCAUUUGCCCAUUCUUCGAUGCGCUGUGUACCUUAGGCAGACAAUGUCAUGUAAUCAUAUUGCAGGGAGCCUCCGCAGUUACACUGUUACUCAGGACUUCAGCGUUUGUAGGGCCCUACCCAAGCUGAACAUGCAGUGCUCCUUGUCCAAAACUGGGUUAAGAAUUUCAAAACAGACUUGGAUGGAUAUGGUGACACAUUCCUGUAAUCCCAGCACUUUAAGGAGGCUGAGGCAAGAGGAUCCCGAGUUCAAGGCCAGCCUGGGCUCACUUUUUUUUUGUUUGUUUAAGACAAGGAUAGGAGAACAAUAACCUAAAGGCCCAACGCUCUUAAGUGAGAUGGCACCUGUCUUUCUUGCUACUCCUGUUUAACGGCCAGCUGAGGAUUUGAGAGGUACAGUGGUAUGCUCAGAGUCGCAAAGCUGAAGUGACAUGGGGCUGGAAUUCAAACUCAGACAGUCUGGCUCUCUGAGCUGAACCAGAUUUAAUUCAACAAAUAUUGACUGACUGUCUUGAACAAAAUUCUGGGUUCACCCAGGGGGACCCAGGGAGGUCUGAACCCACAUUGUCCAGGAGCUGGUAGGGCGUCCCUGGAUGUGGCUGCAGCAUAGCCAGCCACAGGAAGUCCCCUUCUCUUAUAUCUGUCAUCUUCUUAAAUCCAACUCUGCCCCUGCCCCUUUCACCAGGGCUGAAGGGAGCCACCUUGACCACCAGAGGUCUGGCCCUCUGGAAGGUUGUUGCAGUAUUUAGAAAACCAAACAUAGGCAAGCCCUGGGCUUCAGCCCUGGGGGUUACAUAGUUAUCCAUUUGCUCUCAGGACUCAGGGUCUGGCCUGGCAGGCAGCCUGGUGCUGACCCCACUCUCUUUGGGGUCACUGAGUGCUCAAAGUGGGCUUCCUCAGCCUGAAGUACCACGGUUGGUGGAGGCGGCACAAUAUCACUGUCUUUCCUGGAUGCAUGGGCAGGAGCUGUUCUGCUUGUGAGGGAGGGAGGCCCCAAGGCUGCUGCAGGCUGGAAGGGCAGGAGCAGCUGCUUGGACGUCAGCAGGGCCUGCCAAACUCUACUCCAGGGCUGAACUUAAUAAUCGCUUGGUAAUAAGUGGUUAGGCACUCUUGAGUAAACAACUUCACCUCCCUG